AUGGAGCAGCCACGGAUGGACAGCCCUAUAGACGCAGGCCCACUGCUCAACGGGGAUGGCCAGCAGUGCUUCGCUGCGUUCGAGGGUCCAUUGCCAUCUCCUGAAGCACUGGCCUCGGACUGCACCAAGGCCGAUGUCUUGCUUCUGGCAUGGGUGCUUGUGCUUUCCCGAUACGUCGAUAUCAGUGAUAUCGAGUUCACGUGGGGAUACAGUAUCAAUGAUGGAGCAGCUGUUGAAACAGCCUUGUCGGCAGCAGAUCUCUCAUUCAAGCCCGACGACUCGAUAGGAAGCUUGCUUGAAGCUGUAAAGUCAGCACGGCAACGGACGCUUCCUGACACUGAAAGUGUUUGUGCAACUGGAGAAACACUGUUCUUUACGAACAGCAAAGAUUGGACCUUGAAAAUCAAAAUCACUACCCAAGACGGCACACCGGGACUUCAAGCAACAUGGCGCACCCUCUUCAUGACCUCGUACAUGGCCAACCGCCACCUCGAAUCCGCCCUCACCAUCCUCAGCACCCUCACUACCCCCACCAUCCUCAAAACUCCCAUUUCCGCCACUCUCCAGCCCACCCCCUCCGACCUCACCCAAAUCUGGCACUGGAACGCCUCCCUCCCCCCCACCAUCCCCGCCCCCAUCCACACCCUCAUCACCUCCCGCGCCUCCACGCACCCGCACACCCUCGCCAUCGACGCCUGGGACGGCCGCUGGACCUACGCUGAGGUAGAUUCCCUUUCUACCCAACUCGCAAAGCACCUCCGCGCCCUCGGCCUCGGCGCCAAUUGUAUCGCGCCCCUCUGCUUCGAGAAGUCACGCUGGACGGUGAUCGCCGUCCUCGCCGUGAUGAAGACGGGCGCCGCGUUUACCCUCACGGAUCCCACGCAACCGCUCGCGCGGCUGCAGACGAUUGCCGAGACGGUUGACGCGCGGUACGUCCUCACGUCGGCAAGGCAUGCGGGGUUGGGGGAGGCGAUGGCGCCUGGCGCGGUCGUGGUGCCUGUCUGCGCCGAGACGUUCGAAGGGGAGAACGGGCUGUUGAGCGCGGAGUUGCCCGCGCAGGUGCCGCUGGAUGCGCUGAUGUACGUCAUCUUCACAUCCGGCAGCACGGGCAAGCCGAAGGGCGUGAUGCUGUCGCACGGCGCGUACGGCUCUGGCACGUUGCCGCGGGCUGCGGCGGUCGGGUACGACGAGAUUUCCCGCGUGCUGGAUUUCGCGUCGUACGCGUUUGAUGUGGCGAUUGACAGUAUGCUCGCGACGCUGUCGCAUGGCGGGUGCUUGUGCAUUCCGUCGGAUGCGGAGAGGCUGAAUGACCUGUCGGGCUUCAUUCGCCGCGCGAAGGUUACGAUGGCGAAUCUGACGCCCAGCGUGGCGAGGAUUCUGGACGCGGAUAUCGUGCCCGGGUUGCGGAGUCUAGGCGUGGGCGGGGAGGCGGUGACGGCGAGCGAUGUGGCGGUUUGGGGGAAGACUACGAGGGUUGUGAAUGGGUAUGGGCCGAGUGAGGUCGGGGUGGGGUGCACGACGAACCACAGCGCGGCGACGGGGAGGCCGUAUGUGAGUAUUGGGCCCGGCACUGGUGGUGUCAUGUGGAUUGUUGAUCGGGAGGAUCACGAGAAGCUGGUGCCGGUGGGGGCGGUGGGAGAGCUGCUGGUUGAGGGCCCCUGUGUCGGCGAGGGGUACAUGGGCGACCCGGAGAAGACGGCUGCGGCCUUCAUUGUGGAUCCGCCGUGGUUGACUGCUGGGUUUGGGGACGUCGAGGGCAGGACGGGCCGCGUGUACAAGACUGGCGACCUCGUCAAGUACGACCCUGAUGGCUCCGGGUACCUCGUUUUCGUUGGACGCAAGGAUACUCAAGUCAAGUUGAGAGGCCAGCGCGUAGAGUUGGGAGAGGUCGAGUACCACUUGCGAGCUCAGCUCCCGGCGAGAGUGCGUGUUGCGGCUGAAGUCAUCAAGCCAGAGGGCCCGGGCAAGCAGCCGAUGCUGGUUGCAUUCAUCUCAGACCCAGAGACCGAGACCACCAAGGAUCGCGAUGCUCCGGUGGAACGGAUUCCAUUCUCCGCCGAAGUGGCAGCCAUCAUGUCGGAGAUGGACGACAGACUCAAGGUUGUGCUUCCGAAGUACAUGGUUCCGGCAGCAUACAUCCCCAUCAACCACAUGCCCGCCCUCGUCUCCGGGAAGACUGACCGGAAGGUUCUCCGUCAGGUAGGCGCCACCAUGGUCUUACAAGAUCUGGACAAGUCCAGCACAUCCGUGGGUGAGGUCCAGGAGCCAACCACUCCCGCGGAGACGAGUCUGCGGAAGACGUGGAGCCGCAUCUUCAACCUCCCAGAGGCCGAGAUUGGCAUCAACCACAGCUUCUUCGCUCUAGGCGGAGACUCGGUCCUGGCGAUGAAACUGGCAGCCGCAGCUCGCGAGGACGGACUGACGCUCAACGUCGCCGACAUCUUCAGCAACCCCAAGCUCUCCGCCAUGGCCAGCGUCGCCAAAGAAACCACUCCAACCACCACCAAGCAGGACGACGUCGCCCCCUUCUCCCUGAUAGAUCCCGCCUGGAAUGCCACCGCCGCGCGCACCGAAGCCGCCGAACUGUGCGGCGUCGACGCCUCCGCCAUCGAAGACAUCUACCCCUGCACGCCGCUGCAAGAAGUCCUGAUGGCCUUCACCGCGCGCUCGACCAAGAGCUUCGUCGCCCAGCGCAUCGCCGAGAUUCCCUCGUCCUCCCCCUCCGCCGACGCGACCAUUACCCGCCUCGUCUCCGCCUGGGACGCCGCCGCGGCAACCAGCCCCAUCCUCCGCACGCGCGUCGUCCAGUUCCGCGACCACGGGCUACUGCAAGUCGUCGUGCGCGAGCCGAUCGCCUGGCACACGAGCGCAUCUUCUCUAUCAGCCUACAUCGCUGCCGAGCAAGCCGCGCCGAUGGGCCUGGGCACCCCGCUGUCGCGCUGGGCCCUGGUCCGCGAUGACGAGCAGGAGGAAAGCAAGCACUACUUCGUCUGGACCAUCCACCACGCCCUCUACGACGGCUUCUCGACGCCGCUGCUGCUCGAGCGCGUCGCGCGCGCCUGGCGCGGCGAGGAGACGCACCGCCCGUCGCAGAUGAAGCACUUCGUCGCGCACCUGACCCACGGCAUCUCGAAGCCCGCGGCGCAGGACUACUGGCGCCGCGCGCUAUCCGGCGCGACAGGCCCGCAGUUCCCGGCGCUGCCGUCGCGCAGCUACCUGCCCGCGCCAGACGCACUCGUCGAGCGCUUCAUCCCGCUCCACCGUCCCUCGUCCUCCACCUCGACCAUCAUGCCCAGCACCCUCAUCCGCGCCGCCUGGGCACUCGUCGCGGCGCAGCACGCAGGUGGCGAUGGCGACGUCGUCUUCGGCGAGACGAUGAGCGGGCGCGCGAGCGUGCCGAUUGCCGGCGCCGAGCAGCUCGAGGGCCCGCUCAUCGCGACGGUCCCGGUGCGCGUGCGCGUCGAGCGCGGGGCGCCGGUGCAGGAGUGGCUGCUGCGGGUGCAGGAGGAGGGGUUCGCGCGGAUGGCGUACGAGCAUGUGGGCAUGCAGCACAUACGCCGCGUGAGUCCGGACGCGCAGAUUGCGUGUGAGGUGAAGGUUGGGCUGGUGAUUCAGCCGGGGGAGAUUGAGGAGAAGGGAGAGGAGGAUGGAGACGAUGUGCCGCCGAAGUUUCGGGGCACGGAUGCGGCGAGGGAGGCGCUGCAUUUUAAUUCGUAUCCGCUCAUGUUGGUGUGUUCGUUGCGGAGGGACGGGUUUUUGGUCAUGGCGAGUUUCGAUUCCGGGCUCGUUGCUGUGCCGCUGAUGGAGAGGGUGCUGGCGCAGUUUGAGACGGCGGUUCAGCAGCUGGCGAAGGAGGAGCCCGUAUCGGUGGGUGACAUCAGCUUGCUGACGGAGCAGGACCGCGAGCAGAUCUGGCAGUGGAACAGGACACCGCCUGCUGGCGUUGACCAGGCUACGCCUCGCCUUGUUGCCGGGCACGUCACUGCGGGUGAUCCGUAUCCUUCGGUUGUUGUUCCGUGGAUCGUGGAUCCGGCGAAUGCGGAGAGGCUGAUGCCGAUUGGCACUGUUGGUGAGCUUGUCGUCGAGGGGCCGUUGGCUUCGGUCGACUUCAUCCAAGAUCCCACCUGGCUUAUUCAGGGCAGCUCUUCUGUUCCUGGCCGUCCAGGUCAGGUGCACAGGACUGGCGAUUUGGUCAAGUACAGCGCCGACGGCGCUAUCCUCUUCGUGGCCAAGAAAGAGUCUCAGACCAAGCUGCAAGGCCGUGCCAUUGACCUCGCUGAGGUUGAUCGCUAUCUGGAAAGUCUGCUUCCCGAGUCUACCUGGAUUGCCUCUCACAUCAUCACUCCUGAAAAAGCCCAGGAGCCGGUUCUUGUGGCAUUUGUGGAGGCUCGGGCUCAGGAUGAUAGCGUCAACUUGGUCAAGCUGGAGUUGACCGAAGACGAACUCCCUGCUUUUGUUGCUACCAGUCUGCCUGCAAACCUGGCAGAGCGCCUGCUCGGACUCAACAAAGCGCUGUCAGACCUUCUCCCUCCUUACAUGAUUCCCGGGGCGUAUAUCCCAUUGAAGGAGAUGCCCCUGAAGCCUGGAGAGGUCGACAGGGCGCAGCUGGAUGCCAUCAGCUCUCACCUGUCUCAAGACGCCAUCCUCAAGCUCCGAACAGCCUUCACCCAACUCAGAGCCAAGGGCAUCGACAGCAAGCCCUGGACCACCAAAGAACGCAAGCUCCAAAAGCUGUGGGCGCAAUUCCUCGGCAUCGACCCCUCCAAUAUCGACCGGGACGACAGCUUCUUCCGCCUCGGCGGCGACUCCAUCCUCGCCAUGCGCCUCGUCUCCGCCGCUCGACAAGUCGGCUUCAAGCUCUCAGUCGCCGACGUCUUCCGCCGCAUGCGCCUCUCCGACAUGGCGGCCGCGCUGGAAGAGACCGACGUCGCCCCCGUUGAGGCCAAGACAUUCGCUCCCUUCUCCGCUCUCGAUGACAUCGAAGACAUCGACGCCUUCCUCGCGCAAGACAUCCAACCCGCCCUCGCCGACCCGUCGUGGAAGAUCGCCGACGUCCUCCCCGUCACUGACGCGCAGGCCCGCGACAUCGCGGCCACAAUCGACCCCGCGUGCCGUAGCGCCGUGCAGUACACGAUGCUCUACCUACCACAAACCAUCGACCGCGCCCGCCUGCUCGCCUGCUGCCAGCAGCUCGUUGACCACCACGAGAUCCUGCGGACCAUUUUCGUGCAGCACGGCAACCGCUUCCUGCAAGUCAUCCUGGAGUCUCUGGCCACGCCGGUCGUCGAGUUCGACGCACCUGAGGAAGAGAACAACAUCGAGGCCUACGCAAACAAGCUCUUCGCCGCCGACCUCGACAGCGCGGCAGACCUCGCCCUCGGCGCCCCCUUCCUCAAGCUCUUCUACAUCGCCGGCGCCCAAGAGAACUGCCUCGCCCUCCGCCUCUCCCACGCACAGUACGACGGCGUCUCCCUGCCCGAGCUGAUCCGGCAAGUCGAACUGCUGUACGCCGCUUCCUCCUCCUCCUCCUCUUCUGCCCCAACCUCGGUCUCCGAAAUCAUCCCCGCAACCCCGCCCUUCUCAACCUACAUCCACGCCCUCGCCGCCUCCACCCGCACCCACCACGCCGCCGCCCUCGCGCACUGGCGCGCCGCCCUCGCCGGCUCGCAGCUGACGCCAACACAUCCCGCGCUGUCGUCAGCCACCAGCAAGACGGCCCGGUCCGCGUUCACGCAGCGCGCCGUCGACGUCUCUGCGCGCCCGGCCGACGUCACGCCCGCGACGCUGCUGGCCACCGCAUGGGCGCUCGUGCUGGCGCAGAGGCAUGGGGUGCGCGACGUCGUGUUCGGCGGCGUCGGGACGGGCAGGGGUGUGGAGGUUGACGGGCUGGGCGAUGCGGCGGGCGUGGUCGGGCCGUGUUAUGGGUUCGUGCCUAUCCGCGUGCGUUUUUCUGCCUCUUCGGACGACGAAGAAGCAGGAGAAGCAGAAACGGCGGCAGCGGUGCUGCGGCGCGUGCAGGAUGAGCGGGCGCGGGGCGUGGCGUUUGAGCGGGUGGGUUUCGCGGAGCUGGUCGAGGAGUGCGGGCUGCGCGAGGGGUGGGGAGGAGAAGGAAGGGAGUGGUUCGAGAGCAUCGUGCAUCAUCAGGACGUCGACGACUUUGAUGAGAUGCCCUUUGCGGGCGGCACGGCGCGGGUCGAGAUUGCGAAUCCGCACCCUGAGCGCGCGUGGCCCGUUAGGGUGGUGAGUUUUGUGCGCGGGGGGAAGUUCUGGUAUGGGAUUCAGGCGGAUGAGGGGAAGAUGGAUGUCGCGGAGGAGUUGUUGGGUGAGGUUUGUGGGGCGGUAGAGAGGUUGUUGGCGAGGCCGGAUGAGCCGCUGUUUUGA